AUGCCCCGCCUCCCACCUGCCCUCCUCCGCCAAGCCCACAGUAUCUCGCCCCAGCUCCACGCCCUGUUGCCCGCGUGCCGGGACCUGCAGUCGGCGCGGAGCGAGCUGCGCUGGAUCAGGGAGCACGCGCUGUCGUCAUCCUCCGGGGCGGGCCAACCCAGUAAUCGGCAUGGGAACGCCGCCGUGGCCCGCCUCGUGGCCCGCCGCGCCCGCGGUGAGCCCCUGCAGUACGUCCUGGGCUCGCAGCCCUUCGGCGCCCUGGACCUCCGGUGCCGCCCGGGCGUGCUGAUCCCGCGGCCCGAGACCGAGGCCUACGUCGUGCACCUGGCAAGCCAGCUGCUCCGGGCCCGCAAGGCCCUGGGUGCCGCUGCCGCCGACGGCCGGCCCCUGCGCGUCGUGGACGUCUGCACUGGCUCCGGCUGCAUCGCCCUGCUGCUCUACCAGCUCCUGCACCGCGGCUUCCCGGGCGCCGGCUCGCUCCGCGUCCUCGGGCUGGAUGUCGCGCCCGAGGCGGUCGCGCUGGCGAGGGAGAAUCUGGAGCGGAACGUGCGGCGCGGUGCACUGCCCGCGACGGCGUUGGAGGGCGGAGAUGUGCGGUUUGCGCAGGCGGACUUGUUCUCGGACGGAGAAUGGAACAGCGCAGUCGGGCAACGCGGUGGAGAGAUUGCCGGCGUCGAUGUCUUGGUCUCGAACCCGCCGUACAUCUCAACGCAGGGGUUCGACCGCGACACGGGACGCUCUGUCCGGAACUUCGAGCCCAGGCUGGCACUCGUGCCGGGUGCGGGUCUGUCUCAGGGCACCGCAUGUGCGCCGGAGGAUGUCUUCUACGCCCGGCUGCUCAAGGUCUCCCGCGUUCUCCGGCCGAGGGUCAUGCUGUUCGAAGUCGGCGACAUGGAGCAGGCCCGUCGGGUGGCUCAGAUGGCUACUGGGUUGGAGCAGUCAGAGCAGUGGCACGUCGAGAUAUGGCGGGAUGAUCCGGACUUGGAUGGAAACGAUGGCCUCCGUGAAGAGGUCCUUAAUGGGAGACGGAUCCCGGUCAGGGGUUCUGGCCAUGGAAGGUCGGUGUUCGUGCAUCGCGUGCCAGAAUUGGUUACGUAG